GCUGAUUUUUGAGGCAGGCUUUACUGUGUCCUCUUCCCUGGAGCAAAAGUCACUCUGGGGCUGACGUCACACUCUGGCUGUCAGAGGAAUUGUGCAGCAGCGAGUCUGGAGCAAUCAGUCUUUGCUGUGCAAGCCUGUUUCUUUGGGCAUUGAAAUGAGUGAUCAUCUGGAAGAAAACUGUAAGAAAAGCAGUUCUGCCCAGGAAACAUUCACAGAAAGAAACGCCUUUCCUUCUAAGGACUGCUCAAUAACACAGAAACAGUUGCAACAAAUAGAGAAACAAUUAAAAUGCUUAGCCUUUCAAAAUCCAGGACCUCAGGUAGCUGACUUCAAUCCUGAAACUAGAGAGCAGAAAAAGAAAGCACGCAUGUCACAGAUGAACCAAGAUUUUUUUUAUAAGCCCAAAAUCACGAAGAAGUAUGACAAACAUGGCAGGCUGCUUUGUAAUAAUGUUGAUUUGUGUGACUGCCUGGAAAAGAACUGCCUGGGUUGCUUCUAUCCUUGCCCCAAAUGCAAUUCGAACAAAUGCGGACCCGAAUGUCGCUGUAGUAGGAAAUGGGUUUAUGAUACAAUUGAGACUGAGGCUGGGGAUGUGAUCAGCAUGUUGCCAUUCAUUGUCCCUGACUGAUGAUGUUCCUGUUUUCCUUAGCAUCUGAGCAAAGUUCUUCAUUCUUCUAUUUUUAUUCAAGUAAAUCUUGG